AUGGAUGAUGAUCUAUAUGAAAAUUUUGAACUUUUGAGGAUGUAUUUACCUGAUAAUUUGGGAGAAACACCAUCAAAAUUUUUUAAUGAUUUUAAUAGUGCUAACAAUUACUGCCCUAAUAAAUACUGCGGUACUAAUCUCAAUAAAAUUACGGCUGUAUUUUUAUGGUUAUUUGAAAAAAAUUGUUCUAAAUUCCAAAAUACAAAUUCUGAUGAAAAUAAUACUAAUGCAAUUUUUCUAUAUAUUAUUUCAUGGUUAAGUUACAAAUUAAAUCAAAUCACAGACCACAGUUUCACUAAAGUAAACGAUUUUUAUACUGAAUAUGUAAAUAAUCAAGAGUAUGAUAAAAUUAUACAAGAUGCCAAUAAAUGUACAAAUAUUAAGGAAAUCAUAAAUAAAAACAGUGAUUUGUUGAAUAUCAAUAUUCAAGAAAUGUCUAAAUUUUAUGAACCAUUCAAAUUAUUAUGUAGUAUGUAUGAUAAUGCUACAAGGAAUGUAUAUGACAACACACUAUCAGAUAAUGCUAUUCAUUUUUUAAAUAAAUAUACAGAUCUCAACGAUUAUUAUAAUAUUGAAGAUACCAUAUAUAGUAAAAUAUUGUAUGCUUUAUUAACUGAUUAUAAUAAAUUAAAAACUAAAUGUGCUAAGAGAACUACUGAUCCUAUACAGUUACCAACUCUUCCGACAGGAAGAGCAACAAAAAAAUUUUUACGACAUUCAUCUAUAAAAAUUUCAGUAAUCCCAAUGACAUUUAUUUUUUUUGGAUUACUUAUAUAUUUAGGAAUUGUGUAUAAGGCUUCAAAAACUCAAUUUAAGAAUCAAAAAAAUAAAGAGGAAAAUAUAUCAUUAAUAUAUGAUUUGAAGAGUAGUGACUAUUUCAGGAAUAGUAAUAAUGAUUGA